AUGUUAUUAAAUAUUCUUUUCUCUGUAAGGAUCUUUAGACAACCGCAUUUCUUAUUUCGCAAAGUUUGUGUAUUAUUCUCUUAGACAUUUAGAGAGGUUUGCUUUAUAGAGGAUGUGAUUUGAAAGCAGAAUACAGAACUGCUUUUAAACAUUUUUACAUGGUCUGGUUGCACAUCAGCAACUAUAGAUAAGCUAGAUCUGAAAGAAAUCAAAUAAACAGAUUGCAAAUUUUAUUUUCUUGA